AUGCAACACGAGAUCUUCCUUUACAACAUCGGUCACAGGCUGGGGCAGGCUUCGUCGUGUGACAAAGUUGAGAAGGUCGGGCGUGUCUUCGACGUAGGCACUGGCACCGACAUCUGGGCCAUUGACUUUGGUGAGCUUCAUCCCGAAGCCGAGGUUAACGGCCUUGAUCUUUCAUCCAGUCAGCCAGAUUUGCAAGGGGUUUCGUCUCUCAAAAACUCAGACGACAAUACUUUCCAAAAGAAUAGUGCCCUGGCUCAGUACGUCAACCUGCUCCAAGAAGACGCAGAGAAGGCGGGCUGCGACUACUUCAACAUCCCUGGACUCGCGGAUCUCAUGACGAAAAUCGGUUUUACUGACAUCUCGGUCCAGAUAUUCAAAUGGCCCAUCAACGGAUGGCCGAAGGAGGACAGGUAA